GCGUCACGGUGACGAAUGAGCGCGGCGCGAGGUACGCCGGGAGGAAAAAAAGAAAAAAAAGCGCGGUUUCUUCCGGGUCGCCCCGGAAGCACCAUAGAGCGCUUCCUGCCCGGCGCAGAGCGGCGGCCGGAAGGGGCCGCUCAUUGUUGGCGCUGGAGGACCCGCGAGGAGGCCGCGAGCGGUGCCCGGAGCCCCGCGGCGGCAGCGGCGGCGGCGAAGAUGCCGGACCGCGACAGCUACAACAACGGCAACAGCGGGGAUGAGGUGGGCGCCAACGCCGACGACAUCUGCCGCGAUUUCCUGCGCAACGUCUGCAAACGAGGCAAGCGCUGCCGCUUCCGGCACCCCGACAUCAGCGAGGUCACCAACCUGGGCGUGCGCAAGAACGAGUUCAUCUUCUGUCACGAUUUCCAGAACAAGGAGUGCGUCCGUCUCAACUGCCGUUUCAUCCACGGCACCAAGGAGGACGAGGACUGCUACAAGAAGACGGGGGAGCUGCCCCCGCGCCUGCGGCAGAAGGUGGCCGCCGGGCUGGGCCUCUCGCCCGCCGACCUGCCCAACAGCAAGGAGGAGGUGCCCAUCUGCAGGGACUUCUUGAAGGGAGACUGCCAACGGGGCGCCAAGUGCAAGUUCCAGCACCUGCAGCGGGACUACGAGUACGAGGCGCGGGGCAUGGCGGCCCGCGAGCAGGGCAUCGUCCCCGCCGUCCGCCGCUACGACCCCUACGACGCCAUCUACGACCCCGACCGUUACGACGACCACGACCCCGUGCUGAAGCGGCGACGGGUGGACGGCUUGCACUUCGAGACCUACGAGUACAGCUUCGCCAGCCCGCGGACGGUGGAGUACCGGCUGCUGGAGGAGGAGAACAUCAUGCUGCGCAAGCGCGUGGAGGAUCUCAAGAAGCAGGUGAACAACCUGCUGGCCACCAACGAGGUGCUGCUGGAGCAGAACGCCCAGUUCCGCAACCAGGCCAAGGUGAUGACGCUGAGCUCCACCGCCACCGCCACCGAGCAGACUCUGGCCCCCACCGUGGGCACCGUCACCAACUACAACCACAGCAUCGCCCAGACCCACACCACGCUCAGCAGCCAGGCCCUCCAGCCCCGGCCCGUCUCCCAACAGGAUUUGGUAGCUCCCGCCGGAGCCCAGGCGGCUCCCCCCGCCAACGCCGCUCCCCCCAUGAACCCCGAAAUCACCCCGCUUUCGGCCGCCUUGGCCCAGACCAUCGCGCAGGGCAUGGCCCCCCCGGUCUCCAUGGCGCCGGUGGCCGUUUCGGUGGCACCGGUGGCCGUUUCGAUGGCGCAGCCAUUGGGCGGGAUCACCAUGAGCCACGCCACCACCCCCAUGGUGACAUACCCCAUCGCCUCCCAGAGCAUGAGGAUAACGGCCAUGCCCCACUGACCCCCCCCCGCUGUGGGGACUGCGCCACCGGUGAGGGGGGACGGGGCAGCCGGUGGGACCGCCAACCCCCUGUGAAACUGAGCCGAGGAGGAGGAGGAGGAAGGGCAGACCCUCCCCAGCCUGUGGACAAUGGUGGGGGCUCUCGCCUGGCUGUGCGGUAACCCCCCCCCAAACCGGGGGCUUUGCGCCUUGGCCCGGCACCCGCCGCACCGGGGUGGGGGGGUUGUUGGUAAAACCUCCCGGGGAGGGUUGGGGCUGCUCCCCCCAGGGAGCCCCGUGUAUGGACACGCCCCCCCCCCCCCAUCCUCCCUGGUGCCGGGUCUGUGUCCCGGUGCUGGGGGAGGAGGGGGGGGGGCGGCACCGGGGCUGCGGCUCCCCCGGGCCCUGUAACGUUUUCAACU